AUGUCUCUGGUGCUGGUUCUGUUUUUGAUUCAAAGUAUCACCAACACUGUAUUCGUCUGCUUGUUGGCCUCUCUGGCACUGGCUAAUGCUGGCGGCUUCCGCGGUGGUGCUGGUGGUGGUGGUGGCGCUGGCGGGGGCUAUCUGCCCGGCGGAGGUCGAGGAGGCGGCGGUGGCUUCGGCGGUGGUUUCGGCGGCCGACCAGCCAAUGGAGCAGGACUCGUCUCGCAUGUUUCGCAGUCCCAUGGAAACACCAAGGUCCAUAUUGGAGGACAGGGACAUGGAAAUGGUGGUGGGGCUGCAGCUGGCUUAUAUGGAGCUGGCGGUGGCUCCUAUGGAGGUGGUGCUGCAUCCUAUGGAGGUGGCGCUGCAUCCUAUGGAGGUAGCGCUGGAGGACGGGGCGCAGGCUGGCAAGGAUCUGGAGUCGGUGGAGGACGCGGUGCCGGUGGCUGGCAGGGUGCAGGAGGAGCAGGAGGAGCUGGCGGUUGGCAAGGAGCAGGAGGAGCUGGAGGAGGAGCUGGCGGCUGGCAGGGAGCAGGAGGUGCUGGAGGAGCUGGCGGCUGGCAGGGAGCAGGAGGAGCUGGCGGCUCUGGUGGCAAUGCCUGGGGCAACCCCGCCGAGUUCGAUUACACAGUUAACCAUGCCACCAGCGCUGGCAGCGGCUCCUAUGGCGGUGGUGCUCGUGGUGCUGCUGGUGGCGGCUCCUAUGGCGGUGGCUCCCGCGGCGGUGCUGGCUGGUGGAACGAUUAG